AUGUGCAGAAACAAACCGCGAUUUCAAAACCCUAAAAGAUUGAACACCACUAAAACAAAGAUUGAACACCACUAAAACUAGAGUAAGGCGUUCAACCAUAGUCCAUACAGCUCCUCACAGUAGAGGCUUCGAAAAUCUUAUGGCGCCUUCAAUGGACAUUGAUGUUACAAUGGAGAAGAAGAAGAAAAACAAGUCUAAAGAUUUAACUGAAGCGCAAGAGGUUAUGGAUUAUGCAGACGAUUCAUCCAGGAAGGAAAAAAAGAAGAAAAAAAAGAAAGACAACGAUUCAGCAUUGAUUCAACUAAUUGCAAAAUAUCUGGAAAAACGAAAUCUUCACAAGUCACUCUCUUCAUUUCUCUCAGAAACCCAAUGUAAAAGUUCUUGGAAGACACAGACAAUGGAUCUAGAAGACAUUUACAAUCAAUACUCGAUUCAAGAUAGUGAAAAUUUGAAGAAGCAUAAUGUAGAAGAAAGAAAUGUGGAGCAAGAAAAUAAUCAUUUGUCAAUUAAUGAUCAAAGCAACAAUCUUAAGUUGCUAGAGGAAGAAGUUCAGACAGAAGAUGCAAAUAAGGUAGUUAAUUCAAACGUGGCACCUUCAUCUAAGGGAGACUUGAAAAUAUCAGGUGCUUUGGACCCUCAUGUUUCUAGAAGUGAUAAGAGUUCUGGCUCUUGUGACAAUGCUCAGAGUGAACUUGCAAAAAGCAAAGAUAAAAAGCGUAAGGCACCUGGAAAAGACAUCGAUACAGAUUCAGAGAAGAAACCAAGACAAUCAGACUUAGUGAAUCUUGAAAAAUAUUUGCAGGAACCAGUGGAAGUACCAAAAGAGGUGAAGAACAAAAAAAAGAAGAAUACUGAGCAUAAGGUUUUGAUUGAUAAUGAUGAACAUAAACCAAGUAAUCAUAAAGAAAAUAGAAGCCCAAUCAAAGAUAAUAAUACUUCACAGGAAUCAACAGAAGUGUUAAAAGAGGAUCAUAAGAAGAAGAAAAAAAAUUCCGUGGACAAAGAUUUAAUAGUUGACAAUGAAAAGGAAACAAGCACUAAUAUAGAAAAUGGAAACUCAAUCAAGGAGAAAAGCAAGCGUUCAAAAACUUCUCAAAAAAAUAAAGAGUCUGGGAAGGUUGACAGAUCUUUUCAGGAAGCAUUAGAUGUGCCAACGGAAGAGGAGAAGAAGAAGAAGAAGAAUUCUUCUGAGGAUAAGGGUUUGGAAUCAACAGAAGUGCCAAAGCAGAAGAGGAAAAAGGAGCAGGAGGCUGAGGACGGGGACUCUGGAGAUGAUGCCAACCAAAAUUGUUCCAAGAAAAACAAGAAAGACAAUAAAGGAUGUAAGAAGAAACUCCCAUCAGCUAGUUCAAAUGCGACAAGUGAAGAAGCAGCCAAUAGCAACUUGAAUGGGUUGGCAGAGGACACUGAUAAACCAUUAUUUGAUAUCACACCCGGACAGAAAGGGGUUAAAGAAGAUGAAAGGGAAGCAAACAUCUCAUUGAACUCAAAGCAAAAGUCUGGGGAGCCAACAACAGCAAAAGCCUUCCAGAGGGUGAAAGUGGAAGAAGUGGAGUUUGUAGACCCCAGGCUUCAAGAUAACUCCUACUGGGCAAAGAGUGGUGCUGAGAUUGGUUAUGGUGCAAAAGCAGAACAUGUUCUUGGACAAGUUAGGGGAAAGGAUUUUCGGCAUGAGAAAACAAAAAAGAAGCGAGGUAGUUACAAGGGAGGCAUGAUUGACUUGCAGUCUCAUUCAAUAAAAUUCAGUUACUCUGACGAGGAGUAGCAUAUUGCGUUCCCUAUUGUCACAAUUCAUAAUGUGACACGAAGCUGAGUAAAUAAUAAUUGAAGGUUAGUUGAAUAAAAUCUUAGAGAGGUGACUCCUAGAUCCCAUGAGCAGUCAGUCAACAGAGAUGUGAAGUUUUACACUGGUGGAAAUCUGCAAAGUUUAUGGGCUGUGAAUAUUCAUGAGAGGAGAUUGCAAAAGCAGUAUUGGAAUAUAUGAUUGGAGGUUCAUAUUUGCAAUGAGUUGUAAAACAAUCACAUUUAUUUAGGUCACACCAGAUAUAAAAGUAUUUGGUAAUUCUAAGGAUCAUGAUUAUUGGAAAAGAAAGAACGAAUUCUACUUUUCCAGGGGUUUAAUGAUCUAGAUGUUUUCUAUAUAUUUCUCAUUUCUCGAGUUUUAUGAUUACACAUUUGAUUCUCUCAAAAGCUUCUGAAAUACUUCAGAUGUCGCUGAUGAGAAUGGUACUAGUUUUUUCCUUCUAUUGAUGAAUAGCCAAGUAUGAUCAAGAAUACCAAACUGAAGUAUUUUAAUACUUCACUCAAAUUUUGAAUGACCUUAAGCCUAUUUGAAUGAGUGGUUGAUAUUUGCGGUUAA